AUGUCAGAUGACAUGUUCUACCAUGUCAUGCAACGAAAUUUCGAGAACAUGGACGAGCAGUACUUUGACAAUAAUCGUCGUGACAGAGUCAUCCAAGAUAUGAUACGUAAAAUACGCGUAAUUGUUAAUAACAGAUCUAAGAAAGGUCUUAAGGAGUUCGAGAUUGUCGUUGGCGUAACAUUAAACAUUGACCAUGUUUUUUCUCAUGCUGUGGGGAUUUUGUUAGGAGAAGAAUCGCGGCGGUUCAACAGGAUGGUACCUGCAUGUGAGUCAGCGAUGGAGUUGUUAAAGAAAAAGGAGGUUGAUGAAGAAUGUACGAAUGAUGAUUGUGUGAUUUGUCUUGAAAAACUUGGGAAGGAGAACGAGUUGUUGUGUAUGCCUUGCUCACAUAGGUUUCAUGGAGAUUGUAUUAUCCACUGGUUGGAGAAUGGCCAUUGUUGCCCUCUUUGCCGUUAUGAGAUGCCAACUAAUCAUUAG